GCGAAAUCCAAAUCGAUAUUGGUACUAUAAGAAGCUUAUGUUUCAAAAGAAACACUUACAGUUCGUAUCGAGUUAUUUUACACAUUUUGAGAAUCAUCACGGGUCUUUUUUUCGAAAAAUAUUUACGACAAUGGCAUCACGAUCGUCAAAUCAGCAGAAGAUUGAUGAAGCUGAGGCAGCGGUGAAGAUUGCAGCUGAUGAUCUCGAAAAGAUUCACAGAGAAAAAACACAACAAGAAGAAAAAGGUGGUGGUACUGGUGAUAAGAUGGAAACGACGACGACGGACAUUCGUCUACGACAACAAGAGCAGCAGAAGCCUGGUGUUAUAGGCUCUGUCUUUAGGGCCGUUCAGGACACUUACGAGCAUGCCAAAGAAGCUGUCGUCGGGAAAGGUGGUGCAGAUAAGUCGAGAGAAGGCCAUGACCAUCGCGCCGACGAGAGUUUAUUAGCGAGACAAGGUGAUUCGGCUACAGGGAAGGCUAAGGAGACGACGGACCAGGCUGCGAGGAAGAUGGAGGAGUAUGAGGAUUCAGCUGCGCAGAGAGCGAGAGGGGCCAAGGAAGCUACGAAGGAUAAGAGGGGAGAGUAUGCGGAUAAGGCAAAGGAGACGAAGGAAUCGACCAAAGGGAAAGCAGGAGGGUAUGCUGAUGCCGCGGCGCAGAGGGCGAAAGAGACGAAGGAUUCUGCGGUCGAGAAGGCAAAACAGGCCAAGGAUACUACCGUGGGGAAGGCUGCGGAGACGAAGGAUUACACGGUGCAGAGGGCGAAGGAGACUAAGGAUGCUGUGGCGGAGAAGGCUAAACAAGCCAAAGACACUACUUUGGAUAAGGCUAAACAGACCAAGGACACUACAUUGGGGAAGGCAGGGGAGUACAAGGAUUAUGCGGCAGAUAAGGCUGUGGCGGCGAAAGAUACUACAGUGGAGAAGGCGAAGGAGACUAAGGAAUCGGCCACGCAGAAGGCGGCGGAGGCAAAAGAAUAUUCCGCGGAGAAGGCGGAGCAAGGGAAGGAAAAGAUCGGUGAGUACAAGGAUUAUGCAGUUGAGAAGGCCGUAGAGACAAAGGACGCUGCUGCUGACAAGGCCAAGCAAGGGAAAGAUGCGACAGUGGAGAAGGCGGGAGAGUAUAAGGAUUAUACUGCUGAGAAAGCCAAGGAGGACAAAGAUAUGACAGUGGGUAAGCUUGGUGAGCUUAAGGAUUCCGCUACUGGAGCUGCCCGGAAGGCUCUUGAUUUCUUUUCGGGUAAGAAAGAGGAAACCAAGCAGAAGGUGGCCGAAUCAGAAGAGAAAGCUAAGGAGAAGUUGAGCGAAGAAGAGGAAAAAACGAGGCGAAAGGUGGAAAACUUGAAGUUAGAAGGCUAUGAGACUGUCCAAAAGCCCGGUGAAAUCAAAGGCCCGAGUUCUGUGAAAUUUGAAACACGUGCAGCACGUGAUCACGGCGGUGCUGUAAGGACUGGAGAGGGUGUUGUGGUUGCUGCGGAGGAUACUCGCCCCGGAUACGUGGCCACCACCUUCAAAACGGCUGACCAGUUGACGGGCCAGGCUUUCAACGAUGUGGGCCCUAUCGAUGAUGAGGGACCCAUUAAACUGGAACGUACGGACAAAGACCGCCCAGGCAAGAUGUGAUCAAUUUCAGUAUAUUGGGCUGGGCCAUAUGAAUGGGCUUUUCUCAUUUUGGGUUGAAUCACUUUUUGAUUGUAAAGCUAAUAGCUCGGGUUUUAGAUUGACAUCAUUCAAUCUCUCCCUAUUUCCAUGUUAUGUUCUCUCGGUCUUUGUGGUUUGUUUUAACUUUGAAUCUUUUUUUUAAUUAAUUAUUAA